GCUGCUGUUGCCGGAUGGACUAUGGCAGCUCAGCAAGCCACUCCUGGCAGCCAGUCAGAGGAGAGCAGUACUUUGGAGCUGCCAUCGGCUUGUGACAUAAGAGAUUACAUGCUGCGGGAACACAGCCAGGAGGCCCACAGCGAGACUGUUAGCUCUGUAGAAGCCCUUUCCAUUCCUUCUUCUUCUGAGGUGGAUCCAGACAGCAGUAAUGUAAACACUACACAAAAUGAUUCCUGGACCUCUGAGAACUUCUGGCUUGACCCUUCUGUGAAAAGCCAACCAGAGACCAAGACAGAGGAAGAUGGGCUUCGGAAAUCCCUGGACACGUUCUAUGAGAUGUUUGGCCGUCCACAGCCAGCCUCUGGAGACGCACUCUCCACAUCUGUCUGCCGGUGCCUGUCUCAGAAAAUCAACGAACUGAAGGACCAGGAGAACCAAAAGUAUGCCCUCCGCAGUUUUCAAAUGGCUCGGGUCAUUUUCAACCGGGAUGGCUGCUCCGUCUUACAGAAGUACUCCAGGGAUGCCCGCUUCUACCCACUGGGAGAAGGAAGUGUGUCUCUGGAUGAUGAAGAGCUGACCCCUGGACUUUCCAAAGAUAUUAUUCAUUUCCUCUUGCAGCAGAAUGUGAUGGAAGACCCAUAACUGGUGCCUGGUGGUGAAAGCUGGCCACACGGAUAUGGAGGGCAGCCCUGUGGCCGACGCUGUCAGUGCCCCACCCAGGUCCCUUCAGGUGCGUCUUGCCAGCUCUGUGUGUCCAGCUGCCAGCUAAGUGCUCUGCAGUCCUCAGUUGGCCUCUGCCAGCAAGUACUGGAGGCUAUUCAGCCCACACAGAGAACCACUGGUGUCUGGGAAUUUUAUAGCUCCCAAGCCACACUCCCUCGUACUGUUCCCCCGGCCAGAGGCCAGUGAUUGGCUAGUUUGGGAGCAUGAAAGCCCAGCUUCCUUGUCUCAAAGAAAGAUGUGCUCUGAGGCAUAAUUGACCCCCCAGAGCUCCGCUGGGAAUCAGGCCUUGCUGUCCUCCCAUUCAUUCACUGGUGGGUGUCACCUGGCAGCCUUUCCUUAAUAAAUCUCUUGUUCCUGAAUCCUUGACUCAGAGACUACUUCUGGGAGAACCUGGCCUACGAGAACAGCCUUCCACCAGAUGAAUUUCUGGA